GGCCACCAGAAAUUGCUUACAGAAUCCUUUCCAUCCCUAUUCCUAUUUUUCCCACCUGAUAAAUUUGUGUGGGUUGUGACCUAAAAUGGGAAAUUCUCGGUUGCAUAUGCUUAUAGCAUUGCUAUUAAUGGUUUUCUGCCUUCUCCCUCUUCUAAGUGGCUGCAUCUAUGGCAUCUCCCGACUGGAAGACCUAUCAUGAAAGGCUCCCUCUCCCUAAUCUUUUGAAUCUCAGAGGUUGUAAUGUUUAUCCCAACUGUGUUUUGUGCCAUCUAGAUUCGCAAGAUCCCAACCACAUUUUUCUUAACUGUCCUUUUUCGCAGCAAAUUUGGCAAACUGCUGGUCUGUUGAAUAGCAACCCGUCGACUUCUGUCAUUUCUAUCAUUGAUAGUCUUCUGCUCAAUUCGCGUUCUAAUUCUAGGACUUUGGUGCUUAGGUCGGCUUCCCUCUGCUAUAUUUUGUGGUAUAUCUGGUGUGGCUACUGGGAUUAUUUCUUUGAACAGGUUCCCUUUGCACCGCAUUCGAUCCUUCUUAAGGCGAUUAGAGAGGCUAAGGACCUGUGCUUCCACUUACGGCAUCCAUUGCCUCGACAACCUCGGCUUGUCUCUUGGACCCCCCCCCCUCCAUUUGGUUUUCUAAAGUUCAAUGUAGAUGGUGCUAGUAAAGGUAAUCCUGGUCCUGCUGGAAUUGGUGGCGUCUGUAGGGAUCACAACAGUACUUUCAUCUCCUGUUUUUCGGCUGGCAUUGGGCAGACUUAUGCGAUCCUUGCUGAAGCUCUCGCUAUCAGACACGCGCUGCUACUUGCCACUAAUAUGCGAGCUUCAUCCAUUAUCGUUGAAAGCGAUAACCUUACAGUCAUUGGCAUUCUGAUCGGCAAAGUGAAUUCUUGCCCGUGGCGUAUCUCUAAAAUCAUUGAUGAUUGUCGGCAUCUCGCUUCAACCUUUGGGAGUGUUGUUUUUUGCCAUUCGCUAAGAGAAGCUAAUGCUGCGGCGGAUGCGAGACCCCUUUUGCACUUUUGUAUUCGCCCCUUCUACUUUGUGUUCUUUGUUGUCUGCUGAUAGACUGGGUUGUACAUUUGUUCGUUAAUUUAGUUUGAAAAA